AAGCACUUCAUAAAAUCUUGUUGCCUUUUGAGUAAGGUUAAGCACUGCUUAAAAGUGGUUAUAUUGAAGUCCUGAAUGGUAAUUUUGGGAAGGCAGACGAACAUGAUUUUUAAAGGAUGCUCUCUCUUCUCAGUGGGACUGAAAUCAGGAAUGAGUGAUGUGAAGAACACCACCUAAAAUAAUCAUGGCAACGUGGUGAGAACCUGGUAGCUGGCAGAAAAGAUUGAAAUGGAGAACUAAAAAAAAAUCAUGUGGGUCAUCGAGAAAAUAGGUGAUGUCUAGGUUCUUGAGCAUAAAGUAGUCCAGUGCCACAUUCCAGGUGUUCAUGGAGCAAAACAGCACUGAUAAAUGUGAUGGUUUCAUGUCCUUUCACAAUUCAAAUCCUUUAUAGCACCCUUUUGUGAUACAUUGGCUGGAUAUUCCUGAGGUGCAAGGAGUGUUUCUAUGGAACACCAGUCCUCUGCAUUUUGUGGUUAUAGUUCAUGCAGUGAUAGGCACCCUAAAGAAGGCAGCCACGUUCACUCUGUAGUUGCCAACUUCUUGUCUCAAAAAAAUAAUGGAAUCUUUCUGUUCAUGGUACACUUGGUGAUGUAUGAAAGGUAGUAAUGGCAGUUCCCAAGGAUAAUUGCAACGCUGCAUGACUAUUUCCAGUUGCUUUAUUAAUUGAGUUUACUCUCCAGUUUGUGGUGAUUACUAAAAGAGUUUGCAUGUGAGAAGGACAAGCAGGCUGUUUGCAGACAGGGAUGACUGAGGCUCAGGUGCUUUCUUAGAAAGGAAUGAUAUAAACGUAUUUCAGAAACUGUAAUUUGACAGGAGGCUUUCUGGUAUUUGAGUACAUUUGAAAAAGACAAUGGGCACUGAUUGCAUAGGCUGUGCUGUCUCUUUUCAGAUUGACUAGGGUUUUUUUAAGAUGAUACAGGUGUGUGUGCCUUUUCACAAUACUGUUUUCAUUUAAAAGGGGCAUGGAAAAGAAUGUUGGUUAGAAUUAGUGACUGACAACUUGCUUUUAAAAUUCGAUGGAAUGAAAGCACAGUCCCCUCAAAUUGCACUUACUUGUUAGCAGCAGCUUCCAAAUCUGUGCUCAGCAUGAGCGUUGUAUGUAUAGCCAUCUGACUUAGUGGCUCCCAUCUGUGCUGUAACUCUUCCAGGUAAGGGGACAACGGAGAUUCUCUGGGUGUGUAAACAUUUUUUCAUCCUUUGGUGUGGACAAGAAGUUGGCCUGCAUAGCCUUGAACCUUUGCAGGGCUGUCACAUGACAUGUGAACAAAUUUUCACUUGUUAAGCAGUUAAACAGUACCUUAAGUUGAGGCAGUAACUUUCCUGUCAUCCCUGGAGAAAAUAUAAGUGUGGAGGAGAUCUUAGCUGGAUUUCCAGUCAAUGAGGACGGGUAAGCAUUGUACUCUAGCUGGUACCAUGUUGCUCUGACUUCUGUGAAAACAUUUUCUUUUAGACCUGUUCUUGUUUGGUGUCGCGCAGAUCUGGUUAGAUGUAAGCAUUCUGGAAAAGCAGCUACAGGCUACCUUGUCUUGGCAGCAGGAUAAUUCAGCCUUGCUAGCAACACACUCUUUUUGAGGCUGCAGGUGCAUGCAUAAUGCUGGAAGUCUUUGUUUUCCAGGUUUUCUGUUGAGAACUGAGUCUGUCCCCUUCAGUCAUUUCUGCUCUGACAUGAUUGUCUGCUGAGAAACAGGAAGAGAGUAGUGUCCAUAAUACUUUCAGGACUGAGGCUGGUGAAUUGGAGACAAGAAAUUCAUAAGGAAAGUACCAAAAGCCUUUGGCAAACUGGGCAAGAUGUGAUGAGAAAUAUACGUGCUCCUUUGUUUAUAUUUCUUCUUAUUUUUCUUCAGAGCAAAGAAACAUUCAGAAGAAGGUGAAUGUUGAUCUGUAUUUGGGCACUAGAAGUGGAGUAGACAUUUCUCAUCACUGGCUUAAGGCUGCAGCGUGCAGUGUAACCCCCAGCCAAACAGCAGAACGAGGCCGGCUGUGUACCGCACCUCUGUCAGCUGGGAAGAGAGAUCCCAGUCUAAGACAGACUAAUCUCUCCUGCCCUUCUCAGCCGUUCCAGGACACCACCGGUCAGUUCUCCAGUUCCUGCUUCCUGCAGCAGAAUAAUCUCUGCUCCGGGCUGCAGCAGCACAGCUCUAAGUGUGUGGCUCAUAGAAUUCCCCACCUUGCAUUGUCAGUGCACCCUGCUGUGAAUCUUCCUCAGAGACACUCACACCUUGAGGCUUAUAGUUUAGAAGGGAGAAGGAGCAAGACUAUUGACUUUCUUCAGCAACAUCAUCAGAAAGCAAAGGCAGCUGGUCACUGCCCCAUACAUGCUGCUUGCCAUUGCUAUUUAGAAAGUAGGAACAAGAAUAGUGACUAUCCAGUGGAAAACCAACAACAGCAUCAGCCUCCUGCUGCUUCUUGUAUGGAUCCCGUGAACCCUUCACUGGUCAAUGCAUGUUUGUCAUCUUAUACGGUAGAUUCCCCUCUUAGGCACAAAUUAGUGGUGUGUCCCUCUUCAAGGAGCUCAAGUGAAAGUGUGAACAGUUGUUGUAGUUCAGCCCUGACACUGGGGGAUCUCAAUCCAUCUAGUUCAGACUCCUUUCAGUCUCUUUUGCAUUCCUCACAGAUUUCUGCGAACUUUUACUGUUCAAUCCAGAAGCUUAAGCAAGAAAGUGCUUUGAUGGGGAUACGGGGCUCCCUCCCUCUGGAGCCCAAGUCUUCUCCACUCAGUGGCAAUUUGUGCUUUGCUCCUGAUGAAUCAGCUUCUAGUAUCCUGAGCACAGGAGAACAGCUAGCUGGAGUAAAGACAAGGGCUGCCCAGGCAAGAUGGAAAUGGGGUGUUCCAUUUGCUAAAGACUGGCGCCUUAAUGCAGUGACGAGUCAUGCAGAACCUCUCUCUGUCUCUCACAGAUAUGGAUAUAUUGGCUCAAACACAUGGAGAACCAGAAUUUCAGGUGACGGCCAGCCAGAAACCCUUGCAUCUGGGUUGUGCUCUGGCAGGCUAGUGGAUACAGAAGUUAAUUCCUUCUACAGCUGCUCCCCUUAUUUCAUGUGUCAGUCACAGGCAAAGCCAGUUCUGGGAACUCGUAGUCUUUGUGUUCACACAAAAAGUCAUUCCCCUGAAAAGGUUCUUAAAGAAGAGCUGUCUAACAGGGCAUCCCUGUGUGCUGUAUCUUGGAAGAAAGACCUUCCAGCCAGUCUGUAUCCAGAGGGUCUGCAGCUGUCACUGGAGACAGAUUUAGGGGAGGCUCGGAUGAAUGUUGGUGUAGCCAUGUAUAGGACUCCGAGGGAGGUGUGCAUGACAGCCACUUCUCCUGGAGAUAAACAGUUUAGACCAGUCCAGCAGCUUAAUAUUAAACCUGUAGAAGUCAACAACUCUGAACCUUGUGUUAAGUCCAGCAAAUGCUCGGAAGAGGUAUGUGGCUCUAGAUCACAAGCAGCCAGAAGAAAGGCUGUGGUGGACAGCAGCCAGUCCAGCCCAUCUGGUAUUCAGGUUGAGGAAGGCUUUGGUGAGUAUUCUGACAUAGAUUGUAUCAGUGUGAGCAGAGAAGAAAGGAGAAACAAAUACUCCUACCAAAGCAGCUGGAGGAACUGGGAAGCUGAUGCCAAUCUCGACCAGUCUGAAGAACCUUCUAUGGAGAAGAGUGCCAAAGAACCAUGGUGCUGUGAAGAAGGGAGCCAGACACAGGAAACUGUGUCCAGGGAGGUCUCAGAGAACAGCUUCUGGUCAUUGAAGGUGAACGAGCAAAGUUUCCAGCACUUGUGUGACAGACAAAUGCUAACUAGGUGUUUCCAAGCCUGGAGGAGACACAUCCUCUGGAAAAGGGCUGCAGCCAGGCAGCAUUACAGACAGCAACUACUUCGGAAAGGCCUUGGUGCUUUGCAGUGGGCUGUGCACCAGAGGAGGAUGCAGCUGGAGGUAGCCCAGCAGAGACAUGCCUCGGCUCUGCUAGCUAUCAGCUUCCACAGGUGGAAGGAAGCUGUGGAAAAACAGAGCAAGAAGCAAGCUCUGCAGCCUGAGCCAUAUUCUUAUACCCCAAGUUCAUCGGUGGGGUGUUUUGGAGUAGGAAGAUUAGCAACUAUGACAACCUCAGCUCAGCACCAGCUUACAGUAGGAUACUCAAAGGAAGCUGAGCAGGCUUGUAGGGUGGAGGGAGAAUUGUGGACACAGCUUCAUCGUAGGCAGAGAGGAAGUGAGUUCUGCUGGAGAGCUGAAGCAAUCAGAGAUAUGAGACGGCUAGCUGCAGCUUUCAGAUUGUGGCGCCUGCAGAAGGAGCUGCUGAGCAAAGAGGAAGCCAGACUUUUGGAAGCCCGUGCUCUGCUGGAAAAGAAGCAGCUACAAAGUGUUUUCUGGAUGUGGCGUUCCCGAUGCUCAGAAAUGAAACGGAUUGUAGCACUGACAACUCACAUCCAAAGAAACUUGGUCUCCCGGUGCUUCAGUACAUGGAAGGAGACUGCUGAGCAGAAGGCACUUUACAGGUGCAACCUGGCCCGUCUCAGAGCAGUAUCACUGAGGAAAUACUUCCAACAGUGGGUUCAGAUGCUGCAGGUCACAGAAGGCAAUAAGCAGGCAAUGGUGAACUUCCUCCUCCUACGAUGGGGGCAGAAUUACGGACCAGUUAUAAGCUCUGUAGCUGACAAGACUGUGACAAAGAGGCCUGAAAAUCAGCUGCUGUGGACUACAGAGAGACAGUUUCCAGAGAAAACAAGCUACUCUUUUGAUGACUUCUGCCAAAAGGUGAAGCUCCAGAGAGUAUAUCUGCUGUGGAAAGCAAGGUUGUGUGAGCAUCACAGAGCUAAUUCUUUCUCUCAGACUUUGGAGCAGUGUAGACUCAGAAAAGCUCUGAAAUUAUGGCACCAGAAGUGUCUCAUGCUGAAGACAAUUGAGCAAAGUCCUGAGCAGUCGCACAGGACUGCCUAUGAAGAGCCUCUUGCCACGCUCUUUUCUGAGGACUUCUCAACAUCUUCUGGUUUUGAUAGCAGUGCUCCAGCUACUCUGGCCUCUCAAAGCUCGUUGGAAAAGGAAUACAGUUUUAGUGACAGCAGUCAGCAGGGCUUCUCCUCCGUUCUGGCUGCUGAGGAUGUUGCACACAUGCCACAUUACAGUUCUCUCCUGCAACUACACCAAUGCGCAGAGCUGCCAGCUGAGCUGGGUGGGGAGCUGUACUUGCAGGCCUCCUUUUCUCCACAGAGCACUGGACCCGGAAGAAACUGGUUUGUGGGAGAUCAGUUCCAGUCUUUGGCACUGCAGAGUCAAGACAAUAACGCCCAGCCUCUCACCAGUUACUCUGCAUGGGAAGAGGACUGUAGUUCUGACAAGGAGGUGAAGAGUUGCUGGCACCAAGCAGAGAAAUGCUGCCUGCAGAGGUACUUCAUUGUCUGGUCAGCUCAGACUCAGCAGCUUGUAAAGGCCCAGCAGUACUGCAGGCUCAUUCAGCUGUCUCGAGCCUUUCUCAGCUGGCACCACUGGGUCGUGGAAAAUAAGAAGCGAAAAGCAGCAGCAGCCCUAAAACAUCGAGUUCAUUGCUGCCAGAUGGCUUUCAGCCUGUGGAAGAAGAGACUGGCCCAGAAAGUGGAAGCUGACCAGAGAUUCAGGUGUCAUAUUCACCAGAUUACUGCUGAUGCUCUACAGCGUUGGCAUUCCUGCUGGCAAAGGAGGCGUGCUAUGAGAGAGCUGCAGCAGCAAUGGGCUCAGUACAGCUGCCAGGAGAAGAAGAGGUUGGUCCUGCAGACAUGGUAUUGCCAAACAAGAAAGCAGAAAUAUGCUGCUCAGUUCUGGGAAUGUCAUCUUCUGCAUAGGUGCCUAGUCACCUGGGCCCAGGUCACUGCUUGUAGACUGAGGCAGCAGGAAGCCCUCUCUUGUUUUAAACGGGUCAGAGAGCACCGUCUCCUAGUCACGAGCUUUACUGAGUGGAGGGUGAAAUUCUUAAGAGCUGAACAACGGGUGCCAGGAGAGAGAAACCACACAUGCAAGGAACCCUCUCGGGGUAAAGCCUGUCACCGCUGGCGACUGGCCUCAAGAGGACAGCAAGCCCUGCGUCUAGGAUCUGUGGCUACUGUAAAACAAGCCUGCAACUACUGGACAAAAGCAGCUGCCUUUUCCCAGUGCUCACGGCAGCGCAGUACCCUGAUAGGUGCUAGGAAGAACAGGAAGAUGUCUCUGUCUUGGUCCAUGAAAAGCAGAAGAGGCAGAGAAAAGGGUUCAGCACUAGCUGCCCCUCUUGGGCUUUUUCCCAGUGCCAUUCACCGCUGGCUGGUGAUCUACAGAAACCAAAACAGGGCUGAAAGGCUGCUUCUCCCUCACUUGGUAGUGAGACCUGGUGUGGUGGGACCCUUCCCUGCACAUGCAAGGAUCCAGGAGAACAAAGCAGAGGUGGACUUGGAGGAGUGGGAUGAGAAGUGGCUUGGCAGGAAGUACGUGAGGUGGUGGCAUCGCACAGUGAUACUUCGCCGGUGCCUGCGUGACAGGAGACUGCACUGUCUGGCAAGGGGAUGGCACCAGUGGAAAGAAGCAAGCAAGGUGGUGAUACUGGCUCAAGUGUUGGACCAGAAGAGACUGAUAGAAAACGCCUGGAGAGUGUGGAGACGACGACAUUUGCAAAGCUGUGUGGUACAGAAUUUUUUGGAGGAGGAAGCCAGGAGCCUACUAUCUCAGGCUUUUGGAAGGUGGCGCCAGCUAACAGCAUUCCAGCUCAAGGACAAAGGACGCUGCUGAGUGGUGGGGCCUGCCGGCAGCUGCUGCUCUUUCAGGACACGUGGAGGAUACAGCUGGCUGUCACAACAAAGAGCUGGUCCUGCCAACCAAGAAAGCAAACACUCUGCUCACGUGACAGAAGCAGUGCUACAGGCCAGAAGUGUGCUAGCCAAAGGACAACCCGGAAGAGAUGGUACCUAGUUAAAGGUUCUCUUUAAAGGACUGAUACCCUACCUCCCUAGAAGCACAAACUGAGAAGUUACUCCCUUUUGUUGUGAGGUUGUAUUCCCUUCUCCUCUGGACCCUGAUUUUGCUGGUGUUCCGAUUAAAGGUCAAAAAAACACCUUA